UCGCUCUCAAUCAAAGCUCGCGUCUUUGGUUGUUUGUUUCUCUCCGGAGCUUCGAGCUUUUGCGCUUCGUUCGUCCAUCGAUCCGAUCUUCUUUGGUUCUGGCUGGCGGCGGAGGUAGCGUGGGCGGCCCGUAGCCGAGGUCUUGUGCCCUUUCGUUCCAUCCCUAUCUUUCAAUUUUUAUUGAUAAUUCGGGAUUUAGGGUUUUUUUAUUACGGGCGGGUACUCUACUGAAUAGUUGAAGAUUGAAUGAUAUAAACGACUGCCAUGUGCCAAGAGUGGUAGUUUUGGUAUUAUAAUCAAAAGUCUCUCUCUCCCUAUUGGAUUUACAGAUAUAGAGUUCCCCUAAAGAUGUCGGAGAUAGCAACAAGUGGCAGAGCUAUUGAUACUUUGUUAGAGAAGGUUCUUUGUAUGAACAUUCUUUCCUCUGAUUACUUCAAAGAGCUUUACAAAAUGAAGACUUUUCAUGAGGUUGUAGACGAGAUCUAUAAUCAAGUUGAUCAUGUGGAACCAUGGAUGACUGGGAACUGUAGGGGGCCUUCCACAGCAUUCUGUCUUCUUUAUAAAUUUUUCACAAUGAAACUCACUGUGAAGCAAAUGUACAACCUGUUGAAACAUCCUGAUUCUCCAUAUAUUAGAGCUAUUGGUUUCUUGUACUUGAGGUAUCUUGGUGACCCCAAAACAUUAUGGAAUUGGUUUGAGCCUUAUGUCAAAGAUGAUGAGGAAUUUUCUCCUGGUUCUAAUGGCAGGAAGACAACCAUGGGUUUGUAUGUGCGUGAUCUCCUUCUUGGACAGUACUAUUUCGACACACUUUUUCCUCGCAUUCCUGUUCCCAUCAUGCGGCUGAUUACCACCAACCUUGAGAGAAUGAAGCUUCCAACAAAGCAUUCUGGUGUUACAGGAGAAUCUAGUCGGCAUGGAUCAGAUGACACUGCCCGCCGCCCUCCUUCAGUGAAAGCUGCCCUGUCAGUUUCAUUUGGUCAGCGAGCCCCUCAUCGGGCAUCCACCAGAGAUUCAUCCCCAGUUCGAAGAACUUUGCCCAUUCGAGAAAGAACUGAUGGUGAUGACUUGAGAGACUCAUCGCCCAGCAAGCGCCGCUCACGCAGCCAUGAUGGACCUGACCGAGACCGAGACCGGGAGAGGGGGCGUGACAGAGAAAGAGACAAAGAGAGGGACAGGGACAGGGAUAGGGAUCAUGAUAGAGACCGUGACAGGGGCCGGGACCGCAACCGGGACAGCAGAGAUCGACGUAGUGAUCGUGAUAGCAGGGAUAGGCGCAGCGAUCGUGAUAGCCGGGACCGAGAUUCUUAUCGGUCCAGUGGGAGGCAUGACCAUGAAAGGAAUGGCAGCAGGGACUAUGAUCGGCACAGGGAUUCUAGUUCUCGCCGGAGCAGAAGCCGGAGCAGGAGCCGGAGCCGGAGUUUGCAAAACCACGGCGGAUAUUCAGAUCGCAUCUCCAGCCCAUUUAAAGAUGCAAGCAAAGAGAAGCCAGCUGCUAUUUCAGGCAAUCUUGCAAAGCUCAAGGAUUUGUAUGGUGAUGGAACUUCUAAUAAUGACAGUGCAGAUAGGUUUCGGAAGGAUACAAACACUGAAGAGGUUUUCAGAUUGGGAGCUUCUACUUGGAAAUAGGAUCCAUUCCAUCAUUCCAAGAGUUCUUAACAAGGUGAAAGCUUUCAAUGUCAAGCCUCAUUGAUGGAGAAUAGCACAAUACUGUCUUUAGAUAAUCUCCGCUUAUAACUCGAAAGAAGAAGUCGAUUUGCUUGGAUAUAUCACAUGGUAAACCUACAACAUGAGGCCUGUGAGGGAAGAACCAUUCUGAGGAUGGUUAUGUAUUAGUGUGUUCUGAGAACUAAACUACAUUACAGACAUGUAGUUUUACAAUUUGCAUUUAUUUUCUUCAUGUGCUACUGAAGUAUAUCUCUCUGCUUCAAACUUUAAUUACAGAUCUUUUCACUGAUAACAUGCUUUGAUUUA